AUGGAUUUGCGUGAGGCAGUAGUUGGUCGUUCUGUAAUCAUUCCUCGAAGUCGUCCAUCAGCUCAGUCUUCGACAGUGAAGCGAUAUCGCUGCAUGGAUUUGCAUCAGGAAGGUCGAUUCUUAAUGUGCGGUGCUUAUCAUGGUGCUGAUCUAAUUGAUACGGAAAUUGCGAAGUCUUAUACAAGCGAUUUUCGGCAAUAUCGAGAUUCAAAUUACGUGUCGUUCGUUACUUAA